AUGGAACAGUACCCACAUCGGCGUGCAUCGAAUUGGGAAGUCCUCGAGGGUCUCGACGAGUUGAAUCCUCCUAGCCCCUCACCCUCCUUGGAAGCUAGCACACUGUUUUCGCUCUGUAGCUCUGGCGAGAUUCCGAUUUUUCUCCACACAGAAACGGACUGCGGGGACUUCCUGCUGCAGGAAGAGGAAUUUCAAGAGGAGCACUUCCUGAUCCAGUCCCCCAGCAGCAGCAGCAGUGUCAACUUCACCGCUCAUGAUGUAGACUAUGGCAAUAGUCUACGCUUUUCGUCUCCGACAGGCUCUGCGCACGGCUCUCCAGUCGUCUCUGGUAGAAUGACACCUGUAUGCUCAGUCCCGAGUUCGCCUGCAGUGGAAUCUCCAUUUCUAUCAUCCCAUUCCUUCUACGAGUAUCAGCAGCAUACCUCGGCAGAAAGCGUCGCAUAUCGUGGCUCGUCUUCUGGGCUUUUCAGAAGUCCCGGAUCUAGCACCAUUCUCUCCACCGCUCUCUUCGGAUCCGGUUCGUUAUUAUCACCCUCACCGUCCAUUGUCACCGCGGAUGUCAACUAUGCAGUACCUGGUGUCAAGCGUGAUGGUUUCUCUUUUAGGCGUCACCAGAAGACGAAGAGCAUUUCUCCCUUGUCUGAAGCCGGUGGACGCUCGCGCAGCCCUUCCCCUAUGCCUCACAACGCUGAAGUUAGCUCUGCUCCCGUGACACCCGUUGUAGCUUCUUUUGACAUCCGCCUACCUCCUUCGCCUCGCACUGCAUUCGCGAAGAACGGCGUCAGGCCUACUAGUAGCGCGCGAUCUAGUCGCAUCUCAAGCCCACUGGCCUCUCCGUCGUCCAAGUCACCGAACAUACCAGGUAUACUUGGAUGGCUGCGGGAAAUCGAACUGGAGUUUUGGAUUGAUCAAGAAGGCUCUCGGACUAUGUGGCCGACAUUCACGCUAGUGGGUUAUUCGAGCGAGGAGGCCUCGGACGAUCGUAACGUCGACCUGGUCAACGCUCUCACCUACGGUGCAGCCCACUUCCGUCCAGUGAAGCGACAGGCAUUUGUCCUCCGCCGUGGCACGCUCGACACUCCGCUCGUGCUGCGCCGCUUGACUCUGGCAGGGGACGGGUCCAAGGACUACAUAUCUCGGCAGGCCUCUCUUAGGAUUGAUUCGAAUGGAGUGUACGUGGUCCGUGGCACGGAACUAUUCGAGCACCACCCCAACAGUUCCCGCGGAUACGUGGCACAGUCUCGUCAGGAGCCGCUCAAGCUAAGCUGGCGGUUCGAGUACAGAGUCGAUGACCGUAUUUCCGAAUAUGGGACACUCGCUCCCGGCGAGAAGUCAUUCACACCCGUGGGCUUCUGGUGCUCUCCUGCCUUGCUCCACCCAACGCACGGGAAGAAGACAAAGCUGAUCCAGGUCUUCAAGAAGAACCUUGGGCCGAGACUUUCCUCAGAGAAGCUUGGGGUCUCGAGCGCGUCUCUGAUUACCUCGGACGAUAAAGAGAACGAAGCCUACGGUGCAGCGCAGAUCGCUCGAAGACCUUCUCUGGAACAUAGGAGGGCUAUCUCUGGACCAGGCGUACUGCUGGAUUGCGGUGCCAAGAUUCUCGGGGUCCAUGGUCGGGAGAGUGGGAGGCCGGCCUCUAUCAUGAUUCCUUCUUGA